AACACGGUUUGUAAAGCUUUGGGAGAGGAAACUCGUGUUGGCUUCACCACGCAUGCGCCAAGCCCAGUCCGCGCCGGCGCGCUGGCGACGUCACGUCUAUUCCCGUAGUGCCAGUACAAAACCGCUUUACACGCUGAAAUCAAACGCUUUUACACGAAAAAUCACAACAAUACACUCUGUAGCUUUUAACAAAAAAAAAACACAAUCGCGUAGUAUUACAUCGCGCGCGGUAAACAAACGAGGGUGAUAAACGCAGUGGUGAUAAAUAAUUUGAAAACGUGCUAGCCCCGAAAAUGCGCCAAUGCGUCACGCGAAAAGUAACCACACCAGCAUCAAUCGUCUUCUUCUAGUGCCGAAAUAAUCACCAAAAUGUUGCCGUUAAUUGAUAAGAACAACUUCGCGAUCAGUGCCGCGGUCACCGUGACCAUGCAACUGAUAUUCUUCCUCACAGCCGCCGUGUCUCAGAGUGACAGGAUGACAGACUUCACCGGUGGUGCCAACUUCAUCAUCAUAGCUUUACUCACCUUCUUCCUCGGCCAGAGCGGCAGUGGGCUCAAGUCCUACGACAGUCGACAACUCAUGGUGACCGCGUUUGUUUGCGUGUGGGGCAUCCGAUUGUCUGGGUACUUGCUCUAUAGGAUCUACUACAUCGGCAGAGACAAACAAUUUGAGGACAGAAGGAGCAACACCAUCAGAUACGCCGUGUAUUACACCUUCCAGGCCUGUUGGGUGUUCAUAGUCUCUUUACCUGUUAUCAUAAUAAAUUCUCCGCACCAUUCGUAUCCCAAAUCGCCUAAAACUAUGACGACUUUAGACUCGGCUGGCGCAGGGGUGUUUGUCAUAGGGCUGUUGAUAGAGACGUAUGCUGAUCUACAGAAAUUCGCCUUCAGACAGGAGCCAGCCAAUCAGGGCAAGUGGUGCAACGACGGCCUCUGGGGACUGUCGCGACAUCCGAACUACUUCGGCGAAGUGGUCCUCUGGUGGGGCAUAUUCAUCAUAUCGCUAAACGUGUUAAAAGGCGUGGAAUGGGUCGCAAUAUUAUCGCCUCUAUUCAUAAUGUUCAUAAUCCUGUUCUUAUCAGGAAUACCUUUGCUGGAACGGUCGGCGGACGAAAAGUACAGAGAUAACCCAGAUUACUUGUAUUAUAAGCAGUCCACGUCACCGCUGAUACCGAUUCCGAACGCGAUAUACGUGGAAGUGCCCAAGUUCUUGAAGGCGAUGUUGUGUUGCGAGUUCCCGAUGUACGACUCGACCCAGGAAGAGUUCCCAGUGCCGACCAUCGUGACCGAGACAACGAGCAUCUCGAUGGUGCAGUCGCACACAUAG